AUGAAGGGAAGUGAUGUAGACUCAUACACUGCUCGCUUUUAUGAGUUGGCAAAACUGGUGCCACACUUGGUGUCACCCGAAGAGAACCGAAUUGACCGUUAUGUCUGCGGUUUAGCUCCAGAAAUCCGGGGGAAUGUGACUUCGGCCAAUCCAAAAACACUUCAGGACGCUGUGAACUUAGCGACAAAACUCACCAACAAUGCUAUUCAGUUAGGAUCAUUUGCAAAUGAUAAAGUCAAGGGUAAGAGAAGAAUGGAGGAGCCCGUGAGAAAGAACUACAACAAAAGGGGCGGUAAGGCCCAAAAUGUGAUAACAAACUUUGGGGCUCAGACACAGACAGCAGAAAAAUACAAGGGAGCUUACCCUAGGUGUGACAAGUGCAAUAAUCACCAUGGCCGGAGAUGCAUCAUCUGUCUCAGAUGCAACAAAGGAGGUAAUUUCGCUAAAGAUUGCAGGAGCAGAAGGAGACGAACAUGCCAUGAGUGCGGAUGCCCGGAUCACUAUAGGAAUGCAUGCCCGGGACUGAACCGAGGGCUAGUUACUAACCCAACACGACUAGUCAACCAAGGAAAUCAAGGAGGCCAAGCACGAGGUCGAGCGUUUGAGAUUGGGGCAGAAGAAGCCAGGCAAGACUCGAACAUAGUCACAGAUACAUUCCUCCUGAACAAUCAUUACGCAUUCGUAUUAUUUGAUUUUGGAGCAGAUAGGAGCUUCGUGUCACUAGAAUUUAGACCAAGGAUAGUUUAA